AGUGUCUCGCGCGCCGCGCACUCUUCCGUGAAGCGAGUCACACUACGUCUCAAGCCGGGGAGCUGCGCGAUACGUAAUACAGUCGACUGAUUAAGGGCCAAUCUUUCUAAUCUCUGGGUGAGCUCUAACCAACGAUUAAGUCGCACGUCUAAACUUCGUUCUUCCUUCCAAUGAAAUAAAUUAGGCCGAUCUUAUCAACGUCUCGGUAAGCUAAUGAUUAAGUCGUAUGCUUCUUUGUUUUUCCUUCAGAUUAGAUAAAGACAGAUUAUGAUUUAGUUGUUAGUCGGCGUACCGAGAGGUUAGAAUAAACGGUAUUAAGUGCAGCAACGCGUGUCCCCGAUAGGAGAAAAUGUGUCUCGUGAGAAUUAUAUUAUAGAAGAAAUUCUAUUGGAUACGGGUGUUAAGGAAGUCAUUCGAUGGAAAGUGUUGCCACAUUCAGUCAGUCGACUACGUGAGUCAGAGCGACCGUUGCGAGUCGUGUCGCGCGAUCCGCGAGAUUUUGUCGUUCUCAAAGCGUGUAAUCGGUAUCCCGUGGACAUCGUCUUCGUUCGCACGGGUUUCUUUUCGAUCGAAUCGUGUCCACGCGAGUGCGUCAGUACCAAAGUCAGUGCCAUGAGCUGACGAUACGACGAAGUGGCCGGGAGUGCAAGACGCGAGAUCGGGAAGCCAUGAUGAAAGAGAAAAACGACGCGAGGACACGAGCAGCGGUACGUUGCGAAUUCACAGAUAUUCCAAAAGCCGAACCGACGCAGGGGCAGACCAUGGAAGUGCAAAAAGGGGACGGUCUGGUCCAUAGUAUGCGCCAUGAAUCUAGGCCUCUUUUCCGAGUCAUCUUUAAAAGAUGUCUCCUUCGUCAACUGCGGAGACGGUUUCGCGAAGAAGUCGUCAUUUCACGAAGAAGCCGAGAAAAUGGCCGCCGAUGUCGAAGCGAGCGAUCGCGAAGACGUCGAAGUGAAGCCCGCGAGCAACACCUCAGCCGUGUGGCCCUUCAUGCAAACGGUGCGUACGGUAACUCUGAAGAAGGCCAUCCGCAAGCGUAGUAAGCGCAGACGAAGAUGGACGGUCAAACGGCAGAAGAGAGACACCCAUCGUCGGAUCAACGACGGCAAGGAUCGCAAGUCCACGAUGAAAAGACGAAUCAUCGUUGCCGCCACCAUGGGCGCCGCCUCUACGUCACCGUUCGACCGGAAACUUCAGAACACCGAUCGCCGUGAUGCAUCGGACGGACCAUCUGCGGGCUUACCAGGAUACAAUUUCUCGUUUAGGCAACUUCACGCCCGACUACCUGGCGCCAGCAACGUGAACGAGGCUCGUGAUUCUUUAUCCGCGACGGCGUAUCGAGCGACUGGUGAGAACGAAGCUCGCGGGAAACCAACGCGAGGAAACAGUAAGACAACCGAGACACCGGCCGAUCACUCCGCAUCGAGAUACGUCGGACCACGCGACACAGGGAGGGCGAAGCGAGGUCGCGCGAGUCCCUCGAAACGCACCGAUUACUACAAGAACGUGGCGCGUGUAAACGACGACAUAGGGGACAUAUGGGAGGACACGACGUCGGAUAGCGGCGAGAACGACAAGAACGACAAGAACGACGAUGACGACGAGGACGACGAGGAUGAUAAGGACGAUGAGGACGACGAAGACGACGAGGAUGACGAAGACUACGAAGACGACGAUGAGAACGAUGAAGACUACAACGCGACGAGGAUCACAAGACGCGUUCGUGCUAAGAAGACCGGUCUCGCGAACGGGAACCUUUCGAAGCGCAAAGCUGCAAACUUGCACGAGGAGAGAAGGUUUCCAUCGCGAAAGAGAAAUCUGCUGAGAAAUUUCAAGGACCGUUCAGCAAUCCUGAAGAACAGCAAGAUCACGAAACGACAGCAAAAGCGUCGGCGUUUACACAAUUCCGUGACGAUUGACGAUCACGACGCGCCAGUCCUCGCGCAUCGCACUCGGGAGAGGCGCGCCGUGUCGACCCCGAAGGCCGACUUCGUGGAGAAGACGCGGAAACAUUGCGACUGCAACAACCCACGACGUCGCUCUUACAACAACAGCGGCACACCGUGCUCAUGCAAGGAGAAUCUGAAGAACACCGCCAUCGCGAUUCUGAAGGAUAUCCGAGCGCAGAUACGCAACACGGAUAGCAAUCAGGAUACGGAGGAUGCUGAGGUCGCCAAGGAUGCGGGUGAGAAUCACGACGAGCGCUUGGAUCACGAAAUUUCCAUGAAGUACGAGUGGGAGGAUGAAGACGCGCCUGAUCACAAUAAUUCAUCGCAAAACACGAUUUCGCCGGCGAAAUCGGUUCCAAAGGUGUACGUGAAUCGGAAGACUCGCGGGAGAAGACGGUGGUACAAGGCGUCUAUCGACUGCAAGUAUAUCGAUCGAAUAGAGACGACGUACCAGAGCGUUUUGCCGGAGCAAGUCGGUCCCGACGACUCCACACCGUCGUCGCUGAAGAUAAAAAUGGACGAGAUGAAUUGGGGCUCGGAAGACGGCGAUAUCAGCACGUUGAUUGAGCCCCGCUCGUUCUCGAAUGAAGAAUCACGCGGUGACGAGGACGACGGUGCGCUCGACGUAUCAACGAUAGUGCCUGACCAGAUGGUCAUUCUCGACGAUCAAGGAGACGGCGAGUCGCACCAAGAGCGAAACGCGCUGAUGGCAAGCGCGUGCUAUGUGUAUCGCGAAUCGUCGAAUAACACCGACAAGGCUGCUGUCGAUGGCGCGAAAGUUCUCGCACCACGUUUUCGCGCGAAAUUCACGAAUUCUCGCAGCCCUACCAAGGACGUGAUCACGUAUGGGAACCGGAAGAAAAGAGAGAGUAACGGAAAAUCGUCGUCGACGGAUCACAGCUUCGGCCAGGAGAAGAGUCAAUAUUUUGCCAAGGUACAAACGAAAAGCGUAGCUGACAGCAAGGACAACGAUUCAGAUUACGAGAAUGAGAAGAAAUACGUUCUACGAAGAUCAACGAGAUCUUCGAUCAAUCCCAGCAAAGAGAGCAACACGGGCAAGUUGAUAUGGGGAAACUGUUCAGGAUGGUGGCCAGCGCUGAUUGUCGAAGCUGACCAAGUAGGGAUGGCAGCUGAACCCAACAAAAUAUGGGUUUACUGGAUCGGAGAAUCGCAAAUAUCAUUGCUCAAUGAGAAAACCCAGAUAGAACCGUUUUCCAGGAAGCUGGAGGAACGAUUGACGCAAAAAUUUCGUAAAAAUAAUACGCGAUCGCAAGCCAUUGACGAAACAAUAAAGAUGCUACGCCAACGUUACGAGUGCACUCUGACUAAGCCCUAUUAUUAUUGGAUACGACGAAAUAUCAGAUCGGAGGAACUGGACAACUUGUGUUUUUACCCGUAUCCGACGAAAAUGCAAGAAAGAUUGGACGCUUUGAAGGCACAGAACGCCAAAGUUACCGAGCAGUAUAUAUUGAAGCAGAGAAACGGUUCACCGGAGCCGAAGAAACAAGAAAAGGUCGAAAAAACCAAAGAUACAAAAGCCGUAAAACAAAUUGAGGACGAGCGUUUACCAUUGCGUGAACAAAUGCCCGGUGUUAUAACCUGGGCGAAGAUCACCGGGCACAACUGGUGGCCAGCAAUGAUCGUCGAUUAUCGUGAUAGCUGCUUGAAAGAACCAGGUUUUGGUUGUCAGUGGAUUAUGUGGUACGGCGAUUAUACAGUUUCGCAGGUACAUCACUUGGCAUUUUUGAAAUUUCACAAGGGAAUCGAAAAGAUGCGUGAAUACAUUGAGAAUACGAAAAAGCAUGUGUAUCUUGUAGGCGUGUUGCAAGCUUCGAAGGAUUAUUGUUCGCGUUUGGGAUGCAACACGGAUAACUGGAGUUUAGAUAAUGUCUUUAAGUAUUUCUCGGAUAUGAAUAAUAUACACAUACCAUAUAACCAUUUACAAGUUUCAGAAUCUAACAAAGUAUACGAUAAGUAUUCCAACGAGAUAAUUAAAAAGAUCAAUGAAUUAAAAUCCAAUGCGAAUGUAGAUUCUAAACGCAAAGACGAUAUAAAAGAGAGUGAUGCUUUACGUCGCGCAACACUGGAGCAAUCUAAACUGGAAAAAUUAUGUUUGAAAUGUUUGAAAUUUCCUAAGAAUGCAAUGGAGGACCAUCCAUUUUUUGAAGGAUCUCUAUGCAAAGAAUGUUCGAACCUUUUUAAACCUUGUAUGUUCGUGUUCGGGAACGACGAUAAGUGUUUUUAUUGUACAGUCUGCGCCGCGACCGGGACUGUGGUUAUCUGCGACCGAGAGGAUUGUCCACGAGUCUAUUGCACUGCCUGCCUGAAGUAUCUCUUGUGUCCGAAAGUGUACGACGAGAUGUUGUUGGAGGAUCCAUGGGAAUGCUUUCUGUGCAGAGACAAGUCUACAUUGCCUGUAGGACUGUUGCGUCCGCGACCUGAUUGGAAAGAGAGGUUCUUAGGGAUGUUCCGUACGACUUCUGAUAUUGUACCUAAUAAAAUAGAUAUUGUAAAUAAUGAUGAGAAGAAAGGCAUACGUGUGCUGUCACUUUUCGAUGGCUUGAGCACUGGUCUGGUAGUGCUCCUGAAACUGGGGAUCACUGUGGACGUUUAUUACGCGAGCGAAAUCGAUCAGGACGCUCUAACGAUCAGUUCCGCCCACUUCGGUGAUCGUAUUACUUACUUAGGCGACGUGCGAGGCGUGACGAAAGAGAAGGUCAAAGAGAUCAUGCCGAUCGACCUGUUGAUCGGCGGUUCGCCGUGCAACGACCUCAGUUUAGUCAAUCCGGCGCGACUGGGUCUCCACAAUCCCAAAGGGACGGGCAUACUAUUUUUCGAGUAUAUCCGGAUCUUGAAGCAAUUAAAAAAGAGCAACAAGGGUCGCCAUCUAUUCUGGCUGUACGAGAACGUCGCCUCCAUGCCGAGCGAGUACAGAUUAGAAAUGAACAAACACUUGGGGCAGGAGCCAAUGGUGGUGGACUCGGCCGAUUUCUCGCCCCAGCACAGGCUGAGACUCUACUGGCACAAUCUCCCCGACGACCCGUACUUCCCCCAGUUUCAGAAACAGCAGGAUGUCCAGGAUAUACUCACACCAAACUGCAACCGUUACGCUCUAGUGAAGAAGAUUCGCACGGUCACGACUAGAACAAAUUCUUUGAGACAAGGUAUGUUUCCUUUUUUUGUCUUUCCUUUCUUCGAUCGAGCCGAAAGAUUUCAUCGGGGAAAGGACUCCACGAACGUUUUCAUCUCCGUUUCAGGCAAAGCGGAACUGAAACCGAUCAUGAUGAAAGGCACCAGCGACACGCUAUGGAUUACUGAACUCGAGGAGAUCUUUGGUUUUCCUCGGCACUACACGGACGUAAAGAACUUAUCAGCCACAAGUCGACAGAGAUUGAUCGGCAAAUCUUGGAGUGUGCAAACACUCACCGCUAUAUUGCGGCCCCUAUGUUCCUUCUUUAAGUGCAAUGAAGACGAAAACGGCCAAUCCAGCUCGCAAUGAGAGAAUCAUAGAAUGUGAUAUUCCCUAUCCUGUUGCGACGUAGUACAAUUUUUUAAUAAUUUGUAAACUUACAAUUCAAUUUUGGAACAAAUAAUUUUGUUUUGUACCAUUCUUAAGAAAAACUUAUGUGACUACACAAAGAAUCGCCUUUUAUUUCUCAAAUAGUAUUUCAAUAUUUGGCGAUUCUUCCUUGGUCUGCGCAUAAUUAUGCGUAAAAAUAUCUAUACUUUUGUAUAAUUAACAAAUUUGUAUAAUUAAUUUUGUACGCGAUCAAAUCGUAAAUCGUUUGGUUGUACAUUGUUGAGCUGCGUGGUGCACUCAUACUAGCGAGGAGACGCACAAUCUAUUGCAAUUCUUCCGAUUUUUCGCGAAAUAAAACAAUUCAGCUAUGAUAUAAAUUCCACGAGCUAGAAAUACAAUGCUCAAGUGUCACAGAGUGUCGCUGAGUAUAAGUGCACCGAAUAUCAAUACAACCAAUCAUACACCAGAUGUUAUAUAUGUCUUAACAUUUAUUUAUUUACUAUAAUCUUUACUAUAAUAUAUCAGUAUGAUUUAUUAUGAUUAUAAUCAUUAUGCAUAGUUUAUUAAAAAAUAAAAAUAAUGUCGAGUUCUCUUUUUAUAAUUGUUUUAUAAUCGUUUUCUAUAAUUUUGAAACCAAGUUUUAUCUAUAUAUAUAUAUAUAUAUAUAUACGAGGUUGAAAACGACAAAAAUGAAAUAAUUAUGAUGUUACGACAUAUAUGACAUCUGUGAUAAAUAUCGUUAAGUAUGACCAUUCUUAGGCCAUAUUCUGGACACAUAGUCAAAUAUAUGCUUCCUCAUUCUGUAGUUAACAUGUAUUUAAACAUGUUGCAUAGUCAAAUAUAUUCUUCCUCAUUCUGUAGUUGACAUGUAUGUAUGACACUCAUAAAAAUAAAAUUAAACUUACAAUUAAACUUAAAUAAUAAACUUAAAGCUUCCACGCAAGAAAAUGUCUAUCGCUUUAAAUUGCGUCAAUUGCUGACAUUGAAUUGAAGUCUGUAUAUAACAGCAGACUUAGAAUGUCUAAGUAUAAGAAUGUCUAUCGCUUUAAAUUGCGUCAAUUGCUGACAUUGAAUUGAAAUCUGUACGUAAUAGCAGAUUCAACGUACAAAGAAAAUCGCAACAUAAUAAAAGCAUAAUUAUGUGUCAUCCAACGCUUUAUUAUGAAGUAGUAUGAAGUAUAUAUGAAAUAUUCUUUUAUAAUAAAAAUAUUAAAACAGAGAAACAUUUAAUUUGAUAAGUUAAUAUCUCGUCAAAUUUUUAUUCUUCUAUAUAAUAUAUUGUUUAUUCAUUUAUUUACUAUAAUAAUGAAAUAAAAAAAAAAACAAUGUAGAAGUUUCGAUAAAAUAUUAACUCAUGCAUCAAAUUAAAUAUAUUUCUUUUCUAAUUAUUUAAUUACAAAAUAUUUAACAAUUUCAUACAUAAGAGAGAGGGGGAGGAAGAGAGAAUGUGUCUGAUUACAUAAAAUCACGCUUUUGCGUGUUGAUCCAAGUUCACUAUUAAGUACAGACCUCAAUUUACAGUCAGUACUCGACGUAACUUGAAGCGUUACGGACGCUUCUUGUAUUCUUGUGCGGAGAUUCUUAGAAAAAAAGGCAAAUAAAACUUAUAAAAUGUGGCUCAUUCGCUAUACAUCCAGAAUAAGGUCUCAUGUCUUAUGAACUACUCGAUGACUACACACGCAAAAAACUCACUGUCGCCCCGUCUCCGAGUUAUCUCAGCGUUAUUUAACCAUCGGUACGUUUCACGGUAUCUUCAUACAAUUUCGUGUUCUGCGAUGACUUAUGGUUGUCCGUUUUCGAUUUCUUCCCACGUCGCAUGCGGAAGUAGCCCUUGCGAGGUUUACGGCUCGUCGGCAGCGUUGCGUCCGCGCCGACGUACAGCGCGCCCUCAAUCACUUGCAAUAGCGACGGCGGAAUGGAAAUGCAGCCCGCUAGACAGUUGACAUGCUGCAUCAUCGAUAUGGGCAGCGGGGUAUUGAUGAAUAUUUGUUUCUGUUCCAUAUCGACGCCUCGUAUUAUUCCUGUAUGUACACGCGAAUAUCAAGCAUUGUAGGAACAUUCUUUUUUUUUAUAUGUAUAAAAUACAUUCUAAGAGAUACAAAAGAA